UUACACAAUAAUAAAGAAAGCGCUUCUAUACAUUUUAAUAACUAGGGUGAAUAACCAAACAUAGGUGGGUGAGACUGAGAAAUAAAAUAUAUCACCAUGAUAAAACAACAUUCUGCUAUAACUGCUCUUUACCGCUUGGUGGCACUGUUCUAUUUCACGAAAAUAAUAUGACCGUAAAUGACGAGCUUUAAAAGUCUUCAGAAUAAAAGUCCUGUUACUGCUUAUAACUCAUAGAACAGAAAUAUAGUAACUAAAUUUGAAUACAUCAAGCAGACCGAGUCUAUCUGUUCAUUUAUAUGUUAUAAAUAAUUUCCCACAAGUAAUUACAAGAUAAAAGUGUACGUCUGUCUAUCUAUCUAUCUAUCUAUCUAUCUAUCUAUCUAUUUAUUAUUAUUUGAUUAUUCUUUGAUUUUAAGCUAACAUACAAACGAGCCUUCGUUUCAAAAUGUUUUGCCUUAGGCAACUCUACAAAGAUUUGCUGUGUCCAUCAUAUUAUUACGUAUGCUUAAUAUGACUUAAUAUUGGUAUAUUAAAUUAAUAUAUAUUAUUUUAAUUUGUGUUAAUUAUUUUUCAUCUUUGUUGUUGCUGUUGCUAUGCAAGGUAAAGCUGAACUUUAAUUCUUGAAACAGAGUGUAGUCAAAUCCUCAACCAUACUAAGCUAGUGCGAGUGUUUCUGGCUUCAGCUCACUGUGUGUUGUUGAUCCUCCUGAAACUCUCCUGGCUGGGGUUUGGAGCAUGCAGAACAUGCUGACAGUAAUUGCAAACGCAUUCAAGGCCGGUGCCAAAAUAAAUGGUGCCCAGACAGUGUCAGAGGGCUCCAGAGUGGUGGUAUCAGCACGUUCUUUUGCAGACUUCACACCUCAGGCCAGCUUUGACAUCAAGAGGUGUGACCUUCAUCGCUUGGAUGAAGGCCCUUCAGUGCAGACGGUGCUCACUAGAGAGGAUGGACUCAGAUACUACCGCACUAUGCAGACCAUGAGACGCAUGGAGCUGAAGGCAGAUCAGCUCUACAAGCAAAAGAUCAUACGAGGCUUCUGUCACCUGUAUGAUGGCCAGGAAGCCUGUGCUGUAGGCAUCGAGGCUGGUAUCAAUCCCACGGAUCACGUGAUCACUGCAUAUAGGGCUCAUGGUUACACCUACACCAGAGGUGUGCCUGUGAAAGAGAUCAUGGCAGAGCUCACAGGCCGAAGGGGUGGUGUUGCCAAAGGGAAGGGCGGCUCUAUGCACAUGUAUGCCACCAAUUUCUAUGGCGGGAAUGGUAUUGUUGGUGCCCAGGUUCCUCUUGGGGCUGGUGUGGCCCUGGCAUGCCAGUAUCAGGGUAAGAAUGAGGUUUGUGUCACUCUGUAUGGGGACGGAGCUGCUAAUCAGGGCCAGAUCUUUGAGUCAUUUAACAUGGCAGCUUUGUGGAAACUCCCCUGCAUUUUCAUCUGUGAGAAUAAUAAAUAUGGCAUGGGGACAUCAGUGGAACGAGCCUCAGCCAGCACAGACUAUUACAUGAGAGGAGACUACAUUCCUGGCAUAAGGGUGGAUGGUAUGGAUGUUCUCGGUGUGAGAGAGGCAACCAGGUUUGCAGCAGAUUAUUGCAGAUCUGGAAAGGGUCCCAUACUAAUGGAGCUCCAGACAUAUCGUUACCAUGGCCACAGCAUGAGCGAUCCUGGGGUCAGUUAUCGCACACGUGAAGAGAUCCAGGAAGUUCGCAGUAAGAGUGACCCCAUCUCUAUGCUGAAGGACCGCAUGAUUAGUAAUAACAUGGCUAGUGUGGAGGAGAUCAAGGACAUUGAUGCAGAGAUUCGUAAGGAGAUAGAAGAAGCAGCACAGUUUGCUACCUCUGAUCCAGAGCCCCCACUGGAGGAUUUGUGCAAUCACAUCUUCUACAACGAUGCACCCUUAGAGGUCAGAGGCACCAACCCCUGGACCAGGCUGAAAUCCAUGAGCUAAGGAGCCUGCUGAUGAUUCAGCACUUCAUUCCUUAUAGUACAGGAGCUCUGUUCCUAAACCUACAUGCACAAAAAGAUGAAUGAAACUUGUGUUAUCCAUAAAGUCCUAAUUACAUUCCAUAACAACUGUUACUUAGCAAUUAGUUUGGCAGACUGUUAAUACCUUAGAAAAGACAAUAGCACAAAAUACAGCAAUCAAUGGACCCUUUUCACAGACUGUCACUGUGAUGACGCCUUUCCACAAUUAUCAACAUCGCAAAUCUACUAAAGUUUUUCAUAUUUUCAUUUUUUAAAAAUUUAAUACACAUUUAUAACUCUAUACUUUGUGCUAUACCUUGGCAGUAAAUGACAAACGCUGCUAUGAGCUGUUUCUAAUACAACAGCUGAGGGAGUGGGGACAAAUUUGACAUCUUUCUCUCUUCUAACCAAUGUAAUCAAUAUGUAUUUUUUUUCUCUUUUGGAAACUCAUGGAAACGCUAUCAUGACAUUUUUAUUUUGCUAUCGAAGCAAAUAGAAAUACAAAAAUGAUAUUUCCUGUCGUCUCCUGUUCACCACUAUAGAAGUUUACCCAACUACGACGACGACGACUUCUGAGAACUCCGGAAAUGUAAAAAGGGUCCAUAUUUAGAGCAAUAUUGGAAUAAAUAUACUAUAAUAAAUUAAUGGGCAUUAUCUUUACCUGUAAAUGAGUAAAAAUCAAAGGGCACAUGCAUGGUUUCUGAAUUAAAUGUUUUAAAAAUGUAAAAGAUUAUACAAAUCUUAUUAAUUAAUAAAUAUGCAAUAAUUUGACUUAUAA